UCCUGGCAUUUACACCAACAUAAAGAAGCUACAAAUCAUCUCCAGGCUUGCCCCUUUAUGCCAUGUGAGGGUCCACCAAUUUGUCUCCUGCCAGUUUUCGCACUUGCUAAGAUUUCCUGAAUGAACCGCCCAAAGAAGGGUGUAGUAUGGCUCUUCCAGAAUGAAUAGGCCAAAGGUGCCUUCCUGCUGCAUUCCUGCUCGGGGUCUGCAAGGGUUAUUAGGGUGGGACUUGCGAGUUCCGCAGAGGUGUGGGGCAUUUUGCGCAUGCGCCCGUUUUCUGGUUGUGCGCGUGCGUCCUGCCGCUUCCCAGCAUUCCGGGAGAGGGUGGAACCUGUGACGUCAGGCCGUUUAAUCCGGAAACGGCGGCGACGGCAGAAGCUACCGAACCGAGGGGCUGUCGUUGUUGGGGACAUAAGGCUUUGCAGAGUAAGGGGCGUGACCCGGAAGCGGAAGCCCAUCGCGCUCUCGGCUCCGCUAGGUCUGAAGUCUGUCCCAGGCACACUGGUGGAGUCCUACCACUAUGGACCUGUUGUUUGGGCGCCGGAAGACGCCAGAGGAACUCCUUCGUCAAAACCAGAGGGCCCUAAACCGAGCCAUGAGGGAGCUGGACAGGGAGCGGCAGAAGCUAGAAACCCAGGAAAAGAAAAUCAUUGCGGAUAUCAAAAAGAUGGCAAAGCAAGGCCAGAUGGAUGCUGUUCGAAUCAUGGCAAAAGACCUAGUGCGAACCCGGCGAUAUGUACGCAAGUUUGUGUUGAUGCGGGCCAACAUCCAGGCUGUGUCCCUCAAGAUACAGACUCUAAAAUCCAACAACUCAAUGGCACAAGCCAUGAAGGGUGUUACUAAGGCCAUGGGCACCAUGAACAGACAGCUGAAAUUACCCCAGAUUCAGAAGAUCAUGAUGGAGUUUGAACGGCAGGCAGAGAUCAUGGACAUGAAGGAAGAGAUGAUGAAUGAUGCCAUCGACGAUGCCAUGGGUGAUGAGGAAGAUGAGGAGGAGAGUGAUGCUGUUGUGUCCCAGGUCCUGGAUGAGCUAGGACUGAGCCUCACAGAUGAGCUAUCAAACCUCCCCUCCACUGGUGGCUCACUCAGUGUGGCUGCUGGUGGGAAGAAAGCAGAGGCCACAGCCUCAGCCCUGGCUGAUGCUGAUGCAGACCUGGAAGAGAGGCUCAAGAACCUUCGCAGGGACUGAACAAUUCUCCAAAUGAUGGAUUCUACGCUCAGGGUCUUCACCCUGUCCCCCUCUGAAAUAAAAGAAAUUUGGACAUAA